AUGCUCAAGACAGCUACUACACCAACUGGUUCCUCUUCUACUAGUCUAUUUGAGCUUCUCACCGAAAUGAAGAACCAAUCCUGUCCAGAAUCACUCACCUUACAAGCAAAAUCUCCCUCCCAAUACACCUCCGAAUGCUGGUUCGACGAUGCAUGUAUCUUGGACAUGGAUUACUUCGUGAAGACCCUUUCUGGCAUCAAGGCCAAAGGUGUUCGUGCAGACCUUAUUGGCUCCAUCAUCACACACUAUGCCUCCAAAUGGCUCCCUGAUCUUUCUGCAGGUGAUAUGGCCGAGAAGGGUCUCACCCAAUUCGAGGAAUCGCCCGAAAGCGUGACGGCUUCAUGGAUGAAGAAGAGGUUCUUCGUGGAAACCUUGGUGGGUGUUCUGCCUCCUGAGAAGGAUGCAAUUCCAUGCAACUUUCUGCUUAGGCUUCUGAGAACGGCCAACAUGGUUGGGGUUGAGGGUACCUACAGGCAAGAGCUUGAGAAGCGUAUUUCGUGGCAGUUGGACCAGGCUUCGUUGAAGGAGUUGGUCAUUCCAUCUUUCAGCCACACUUGUGGGACUCUCUUGGAUGUUGAGCUUGUCAUUAGGCUGGUUCAGAGGUUUGUGAGUUUGGACAGUGAGGGAGCUAAGAGUGUUGCUUCUUUGGUUAAGGUGGCUAAGUUGGUUGAUUCCUACCUGGCUGAGGCUGCUGUGGAUGCCAAUUUGAGCUUGAACGACUUUGUUAUCCUUGCCGCAGCUCUUCCUAGCCAUGCAAGAGCAACGGAUGAUGGCUUGUACAGAGCCAUUGAUACUUAUCUUAAAGCACAUCCAGGAGUGUCAAAGCAAGAAAGGAAGGGUCUGUGCAGGUUAAUUGACAGCAGAAAACUGACCCCAGAGGCAUCACUCCACGCAGCACAAAACGAACGUUUCCCAGUGAGAGCAGUGAUUCAGGUGCUGCUUUCUGAGCAAAGCAAACUGACACGUCACGUGGAUUGGAGCGGUUCGUUGGUGAGUGGGACAAGAAGCCCUAGUGGGUUGGAGUUACCAACACGGUGUCUCUCGAAGCGCGAGGUGAACGCGCAACAGCACGAGAUAAGGAAGCUGAAGGAUGAUGUGUACAGGUUGCAGAGCCAGUGCAAUGCCAUGCAGGCACAAAUGGAGAGAAUGGUGGAGAAGAAGAAGGGGUUCUUCAAGUGGAAGAAGUUUGCGUUUGGCAAAGGUGAACAUGACAGAGUGGAACAUGAGCUUGAAGGGAAUGGAAUUCAAACGCCAGCGAACCUUAAAACCAGAUUGGUUAAUGUGAAAGGUAGUAAGAAUAAUAAUUCUCACAAGUGGAGGAAAUCCAUGUCUUGA